AUGUGCUCAACACAUCAACAAAAAUCAUCAUCAUCUUCAUCAUGGAAACGUCCUGAAGCAGCAGCAGCAGAAACACAACUUCAUCUUUAUAACAGCUUUACCAAAAAGAAGGAACUUUUCGUACCGAUAAAUGGUAAUGAAAUACGAUGGUAUAGUUGUGGACCAACUGUAUAUGACACAUCUCACAUGGGUCAUGCUCGAUCGUACAUUUCAUUUGAUAUACUUCGACGUGUUAUGGCUGAUUAUUUUGGUUAUGAUAUUUUGUAUUGUAUGAACAUAACUGAUAUUGACGAUAAAAUCAUUAAACGAGCUCGUGAAAGAUAUCUUAUUAAGAAAUAUAAAGAUGAUAGUACAAUUCCAAUUGAAAAAGUACUCGAAGAUUGUCAGCUCGCACUUAAACAUGUCAAAGAUGUACGGUCACGUGAAACAGACAAAGACAAACAAGCUAUGUAUGAUAAACAAAUAUCUACCGUAGAGAAUUCACUUCAAAAUAUUGCUGCUGUAACUGAUGUAGAAGCUAAAAGAAAAAUAUUGUAUGCUGAUUGCCAUGAUAUACUUUCAUCAUAUUUGGAUUUUAGCUAUUCUCAUUCAACAAAUCCAUUGGACAAUGAAGUUUUUCUUGAAUUAGCUCGUCAUUAUGAAUCAGAAUUUCAUUCGGAUAUGUCACGCUUAAAUAUUUUACCUCCAGAUAUUUUAACACGUGUAAGUGAAUAUGUACCUGAGAUAAUAACAUUUAUUCAGAAGAUAAUUGAAAACGGUUAUGCGUAUGAAUCGAAUUCAUCGGUUUAUUUUGAUACAAUUAAAUUUCAUAAACAACAUGCAUAUGCAAAAUUAGAACCUGACCGCAUGGGAGAUAUUGAUGCAUUAACUGAAGGAGAAGGAGCAUUAACAACAGCUUCAAAUACGAGCAAAGAAAAGAAGAAUGAAUGCGAUUUCGUUUUAUGGAAAAAAAGUAAAAUAGGUGAACCAGUUUGGCAAUCACCAUGGGGAUUUGGUCGACCAGGAUGGCACAUUGAAUGUAGUGUUAUGGCUAGUACUACCUUAGGUGCACAAUUUGAUAUUCAUACAGGUGGUAUCGACUUGAAAUUUCCUCAUCAUGACAAUGAAAUUGCUCAAUCUGAAGCUUUCUAUGAUAGUGAUUCAUGGGUAAAUUAUUUUCUACAUAGUGGUCAUUUAACAAUAUCCGGAUGUAAAAUGUCGAAAUCAUUAAAGAAUUUCGUUACCAUUCAACAAGCACUCGAAAAAUAUACAUCAAGACAAAUACGUUUAUUAUUUCUAUUACAUUCGUGGUCAUCAACAUUAGACUACAGUGAUUCUGGCAUGGAAAAAACUUUAAGUUAUGAAAAAUUACUUAGUGAAUUUUUCUUGAAUAUCAAAACACACCUACGUUCAAUGAAACAAUUAAAUCAUUCGAGCGCUUAUACCAAAUAUGAUGAAUAUGAUUUACAAUUAAAUGAACGUUUUUCGGCAAUUAAAAAACAAGUACAUUUGGCUUUAUGUGAUUCCAUCGAUACACCAACUGUAAUGGAAAAUAUACGUCAAUUAAUAACAACAACAAAUAUUUAUAUGAACCGCACAAAUGCAACUGUUAAUCGCCUCCUGUUACGCAAUAUUGCUGCUUAUAUAACAGGUUUAAUUGAUAUUUUUGGUUUGAAUUCUUCUGUACCAUCAACCGACGACAUCGGAUUUACUCGAUCAACUGAACAACAAGCAUCCGCUGUUAAUGUCGAAGAUAUUGCUAUGCCAUAUGUAGAACAAUUUGCACUAUUUCGAGAUGCUGUGCGUACACAAGCCAUUGAAGUUAAAAACAAAGAAAUUCUGGCAUUAUGUGAUCAUGUAAGGAACGAAGUUUUACCGGAAUUAGGCGUGCGACUCGAGGAUAGAACUGGCACGAAUAAAGCGACAAUCAAGUUUUGCGAUCCUGAAGUGCUAAGACGCGAACGUGAACAAGCAUUGCUUGUUGAAAAAAGCAAACAAGAAGAAAAAGAGCGUCGAAAAUUAGAACAACAAUUGGCUAAAGAAGCGAAAGAAGCAAAGAAAAAAACUAGUAAAGAAAAAAAAAAUACUAAUUCGAAAGAUUCAUCACAACCAGUUACUGUUGAAACUGUUACUGAGGGAGCAACUGCCAUGACUAUUGAUAAUUCUGAAGGCAUAAAUUGA